CCCAGUCAAAGAGCACAGAUUCGGAAAUGGCGACAACGGUGGAGGAGAGAGUGGAAGUUUUGGACCAAUCGUCGUCGUUGGGUUCACAGGAGCUACAUGUUCUUGCUGUUGACGACAGCCACGUGGAUCGGAAGGUCAUUGAACGAUUGUUAAAGAUCUCCUCUUGUAAAGUGACGGCUGUAGAGAGUGGAAGCAGAGCCCUGCAGUAUCUUGGUUUGGAUGGAGAGAAGAGCUCGGUUGGGUUCGAUGGUUUGAAGGUGAAUCUCAUAAUGACAGACUAUUCUAUGCCUGGGAUGACUGGAUAUGAAUUACUCAAGAAGAUCAAGGGUUCAUCAACAUUGAGACAAAUACCAGUGGUGAUCAUGUCAUCAGAGAACAUUCUAACUCGCAUUGAUAGGUGUUUGGAGGAAGGGGCAGAGGAGUUUCUAGUGAAGCCAGUAAAGCUUUCAGACGUGAAGCGCCUGAAAAAUAAUGUCAUAAUAAGGGGGGAGGGAGAGGAAAAUGGAGCGAGACAGAAUCGCAAGAGAAAGCUUCGAGAUGAUCCAUCGUCACCUUCACUAUCACCACCACUAUUGCCAUCAUCCCCAUCAUCGCUCGCUAUUGAUUUAACACAAACCCCGCCACAAUCCCCAUUAUCAUUCUCUCUGCAAUGUCCUUCAAAGCGGCCUAAAUACUGUGAUAUACAUUGAUCUACUGUCAUAUUCUUUUUUGGCAUACCUGGUCCACACCUUACAAUUGUACAUGCUUACUUGAUAUGCCAUUUUGACACCCCCUAUAGAGGGGAUAGAGGCAAGGAAGAUGAAAGAGAAAGUUGGGAGAUGAUUUUGCUUUCGGCUUUGCAGGAGACGAGACUUUGUUGUAUUCAGGGUAACUAG